ACGACAGCCAACGUAACGACUGGUCUGUGACUUAGGCACGAGCAAAGCCAGUUUCAGUGACGGUCGCGUAACGAGCUAGUCGGCCGUUUCCGUCCAACAAAGUCAGUUUGUAAUCAACAUUUUGUGUCUUCACGGGAAUGAUCCCCAGGAAUAUACAAACCGUCUCAGCUGAUUCGGAUUUAAUGUGCAUACCGCUUUUUUCAAUUAAUCAUUGAUUGAAAUGGAUGUGAGCAUUUGAGGAUGUGAAGAAUAUAUAAUUAAUAUAAUAAACAAAUUCGCGACUCGACAGAAAUGACGUAACUUCCUCAAGAAAAUGUUGACUGCUAAUGUGCUGUGUCUCAAAAAGAAAAAGAAGAAGAAACCAGGAUACAUAUUGAAUUGUCCGGAUACUAUACAUAUUAAUGAUGGAAAAACCAAAGGACAAAAACCUGGCAACAUGCUACACAUUACAGAGGACACUCCUGCAGACAUGUUAUCUGGAGCAAUGGACCUCACCAUCCAUUUGCCGUCCGGCAAGGCAGUCAAGAUGUGUGUCGAGAGAAGGACACCUAUGAUGGAUCUUUUGGUACAAGUCACGACGAAUCACCAGCUCCAAAUCACCAACUAUACCCUACAGCCUCUACAGACAUCUUCAAGCGACAAUUAUUCAGAAAAAGUCCUGUCUUAUUACCCAAACACUCCAAUAGGUGCCCUAGAUACUCAAUACAUGAAAGUUAUACCGAAAGCAAGGAUACUUCCGAAUACGAAGAAUUUGCCCCCAGGAACUAAACCUUUCGAGACCACCUUCAGAUUGAAGGUACAUCUUCCGAGAAAUCAGCUGUAUGUUACCAGGGUCAGUAAGCACAUCCAUAUUGGAGAUAUCAUGAGGAAGGUGUGUGAGGAGAAGAAUUUGGAUCCCAAUAAAUAUGAAGUGCGGCAUCCUGGUAACCUGGAGGAAAUUUUAGAUCCCAAGCUCACUCUGAACGAUUAUAUGAUAACAGAAAUAAACUUGGUAGUCAAAGGAUCGAAGACAAAUACGCAUACUUUCACAUCAGAAGACAUAAUGAGCCUAAGAAAAAACGAAGAAAGAAAACCGAUACCAAGUAAACCCGGUGGAGUUUUCAGUUUAUUAUUCAGGAGGGGGAAGUCGAAUAAUGUGCCACCUUCGAGUAAAGAGUACACACCACCACCGUCCAAAGAAGAUCAAGAUUCGAAACUAGCACCCUCAACAGUUCCAAUCGUACCGAAGGUACCUCAACGGAAGCGUAGACCAGCUCCGAAACCUCCUCAAACGGUGGACAAAAUUCCUCCGCCAUCAGAGAAACUACCUCAAGAGGAACCUGUGCAGUUGAGGAGUGGCUCAGUUAUUUCCGAUAAUUCCAACUGUAGUGAGAAUGAUGUCAAAAUUGAACCAGGCCUUACGAUAUACCAUUCAAGGCAUAGCAGCGACAGUUCAGGGUAUCACGAAACCUCCAUCCUUAGCGAUCAAUGCAACACGUCAUUACCACGAAGAAAUAGGCUGGACGCAGGGUGUGAAACAAUGGGAAGGAAACUGAACAGAUACAGCGAAAGUACUGGAAAUCUGACAAAAAUGACAUCACAUUCUAGAUCGACAUCGAGUUUGAUAUUUCCAGGGCGUAAAAAAAAAGCUGCACCGGCACCUCCGAAACCUUUACUGAAAUUUGCAAGUUCCACCACCAAUUUGGAAACUCUUAGUCCUGUAGUAGCUAGUCAAUCCCCUUUAAGCACUUCAUCAUCGAAAACAGAUUUGUACCUAGCUUCCCAGGGCACCCAAAAUUCCACUAAUCCUCCUCCUGUACCCAGGAGAAGAAAAGGGCCAACUCCAAUACCUGGAAUUUCGUUCUCUUUGACAGAAGAAGAUGAAAAAGAUUCAGAAAUUCCACUUGAAAACAACAAUAUCUCACAAUUACUGGAAGAUUCCCUGUACUACAGUCCGUAUCAAACUGAAGGAGCUCCAGCCAGAGACACACCAGAUAACAGCAGACCCCCUUCUAACAUGUCAACCAUAGAUAUUUUGAAAUCAUUGGAAUACUUAAAUGUAGACGACCAGGGAAAUGAGAUAAAGCCUCCAGAGAUAAUUGCCGUUUUACCCAAAUCCAAUCAUAUUCAAGAAGAAGCAUCCGAUGCUGAUCUGAUUUUAACAAAAAGGCCCUUCAUAUUGAAUUUAGUUGACAAAGAUAUAGAUGAUGACAAUACCAGUAUAGCUACGGAAUCGCCUUUUAAAAAUGAAACUACAUCGAUAAUAACAGAUUUUUCUAGCAUAGAAAUAGCACAAUUCCAAAAAAACGUUUCAGUCUCCAAAGUCAAAAGUCCGGAUAGUAUACCAUUCGAAGAAGAAAGAAUGAGAAGAUGGGGUUCUUGGGAAGAAUUGAAUCAAUCGCUCUCGCAUUCACCGACAGAGCGAACAUCCGAAUACUCAAACAAAGAAAAUUUCAAAACAUGCCUUGAAUCGAUUGAAACCACCAAAGAUGAAUAUGUUCCAAAGACAGUAGAUGUAGAAUUUAGUGAUAAUUUCCAUAAGGAAAAUGAAAAAUUAGAAUUGGAUCAAAUCGAAAUCAUGAAAGAAGUCGCUUCUCAACCACAAUUUGUGGAGGAAGAAAUGAAGAGCACUAUGGAAGAAGAUUCAAUGGGAUCAAAUUUACGAGAUGAUAAUAUCCCGGGCUUCCAUAACAAUGAAUGGUGUUUCAAUGGUGUUAUUACAGACACAGACGUGAAUUCAACAUCAAAACCUGCCCAUGAAAUUUCAGUCCAGAGAAAUGAUGUUAUAAUAAGGGAAAAUGCCUACCCAACCAAUAUAAUGAAUGAAAUCAGUUUGGAUGACGUGGAACGGUAUAAAAAUUAUGGCAACUCCCCAGAUUCGGGUAAUUCGAGUGAAAUAAGUGAAAAAUCGAAGACAGACGAUGAACCCAAUAUUCCAGAGAUUUUGGAAGUUUUGACCACGAACAAUGAGGUAAUGGAAGAAUGGCAGUUGCCAUCUCCACCAAAAGCGUUCAAGGAUAAUUUACCAAAUAAUCAAAUUACGGAUACUGAAAACGAGACUGAUUCUGUGAUAACUGCAGAACUGAUCGAGAAGUUAGAACGUAUUGAAAAAGAACAAGCCACUCGUACGAAAAACGAAAAACAAAAUUCGAGUUCAACCACUACAAAUGAAGACAACGGAUUAAUUUUAAGCAAACUGUCUUUGGAGAAUUUGGAAAUACGGAAGAGCUUAGUGUAUAAUAGAGAAUUGUCAACCAGUUUAAAACAGUCGUAUAAGACUGAAGCAGCAAAGGAAGAUGAUUUCCUUCUUGAAUCUCUUCAUCCUAGGCAAGCUAAAAAAACAGUCGAUUUGAAUCGAAGGACUGAGAUAAGUGGUAAGACCACUAAUACUGAAGCAGUGAGCUCACAAGUCAAACAAAGUACCUUGCCUAACUUCAAAAUAACAACUUACAAAGAUGAAUCUAAACAAAUUAAGGUCUUCGAGGAUGAUACCAUCAGGAGCAACUCGGAUUUUUCAGGAAAAUCUCUCAGUUUGAACCGAGGAUUGACACUACAAGAAAACGGCUUAGGGAGGUCCAUGGAGAACAUAUCAAUCCGAAAACAUGAUGCAGAUGACGUUUUGAAGAGACCUGAAGAGGCAGAGAAAAGAAUGUUUAGACCAAAGAGCGACCAUUAUAGAAGGUCGGUAAAUAGGUCUGGAUCAUUUUCGGUUGAGCAGAACGAGUGGAGUUCCACAAAGCCUGUUGCUAGGUCCAAAUCUCAAGUGGCGUUGCGAAGGAUUGAUAGGAAGAUCCUUUCUUUCGAAUCAAGUAAUAUGUCGAGGAGCAAUAGUUUGUUUGACGUGUCUGGUCUUCAGAGCUUAGAGGUGAUGAAAAAGAUUCAAAAUAAAUUGAAUACGCCUACCACAUCUAUGGAAACAUUGAGUAAAGCUGAAGUGGAAAAUAAAUCAGAACCUAAAGCUGUAAAAGUUGAAGAAAACCCAAAGAAAAAAUACCAGUACUCACCGCCUUCUGUAAAUAUGGGAACAUGGUCUGAUAGGCCGAAAGUGCCGGUUAGCGUUAAAGAAGACGCCGACUACAAGUUAGGUCAAGGAACAAAUACAAGACAUUUCAAAUCGACAGUCAAAAAUGGAGAAUCAUAUACGAAGGAUGAUCCAGAGCAAAAAUAUUAUGACGAUUUUUCUAGAACAAAUAGACCUCAAAGAGUUACCGUAAUUUGCAACGGUUCAUCUUAUCUACAUAAUGAUUUCAAUGGCCUCACAAGGCAGGAAGAUCAAAAGAAAAAGUAUUCAGAACAUAAUAUUGAUACGAUGGGUAGGAGUCCUUAUGGUAGAAAAACAAGUUCACAACGUCCACAUUCUGUAGCUUUCGCUUCUGAUUUCGACAUCUCAAGGGUGCCUGUGGUUCGUUCAGUUGAGCUUAAGAAAAAGUUCAGAGAUGUUUCUAGUAGCACAUUAGUCCACUUGAAUCAAUCCAGUGAAGACUUUCGUUCCAACGGUCUUUCGGAAAAACCCAAAUUCAACACAGUAAUGAAUGUAAAAGAAACAAAGCCAGUAAUGAGAGCAAAGAGCUUUUUACAACAUGCACCUGUGGUACGUGGAUUUAGAACCUUGGAAAAUAUCAGUUCUGAUACAAACACUAAAAUAGAAAAAUAUAACAGAUUUUCAUGGCAGUCAAACACAUCAAUGACCUUACCUUCCACGCUUAAAAAAGAUAAUAUGACAACGAACCAUAAUUUACAUUCUUCCAAAUACAACCUGAGGAGAAAUGAAUCCAAGAAUUCCAAAGAUGACGAAUGGAGUGUUCCAAAUGAAAAUCUGGCAUCACAUAAUGUAUUGCCUAUUUUCUCUAAACCUGUGGAAGCUCCACAACUUAGUAUUAAUAUUUCAACUGAAAAGUCAACGAUACCGAAACCUCCUCCACUUAAGCCUAAUACUGUACAGAAAAAAAUUUCAAAUAGGCAAUUCGUACCUGUUUUAGAUCCUCGCGAUGAGUUACUCAAAUCCAUAAGAGAUUUUGGUGGUAAGAAGGGUCUUAGGAGUAGGAAAACAGAUUUUUAGGGAAUGGCUGGUUCAAAUAAUGAAAUGUCAUGGUGAAACAACUAUGAAAAUAAGGGAAAUACACCAUAUUAAGUUCUAUUUACGAGUAGUAAAACAAAGAAUUUGUAUUUAUAAAAAGAUAUCUAAUUUAAUUUUGUUUAUAAACGGAAAAUCAGAUAUUUUUUUGUAUCCCAUGAUAGGGAUAAGAUCUGCUGUGUAAAAAUCGUAUAAAAGCUCAAGAAGAUGAGGUGAUUCAAUUGAUAGAUAUAAUUGUAACUGAAAGAUAUUAUUUAAAUAAGAUGGAAUUUUCAUAAGAAUAUAACUUUUGUAUUUAUAUUAGCAUUGUCAGUAUAUUUCAUUUAACAUAGUUUUCAAUACCGCAAAUAUAGGGACCAAAGGAUAUCGGAAUAUUAUUUAUUUUAUUUCACCAUUGCUCAUUAAGAGAAUAUUCUAUCAUUGUAGAUAAAAUAAAGUCAAUAUCAUGUU